AUAUGGCAUAUGUAUCACUUCCAUAUAUUCUCUUAUAUUUAUUUUGUAUAUCCUGCAUAGAUCGCAGCUUAUUCAGUUUUUUUUUGUAUUUUAUAAUAUACCUAUGCAUAUUCAACUCUUUUAAAUUUAAAAGCAAUUUUGAUUGACAUUUUUAUUCUCAUAUAAGUUAAUAUUUUCUUUAGAGAAAAAUUUACUCUAAAUUCGACUGAAACAUUGCUUUACCAUUCUUACCAUCAUUGUCGUAUAUGUCGUAUAAGAUGUCUGAGAAGUAAAUAAAAAGUAAGAAAUAAGCGAGCUCAGAGCAUCAUCUAACAAUGGGGCUACUAAUUUUCGUAGUACAAUUCUAAGAUGAUACAUCACUGCUUUUAACACGGGCCUCGCGUGUGAAACACAAGGCGCAUGCGUUUCUCGUUUCAGGCUGUCACUCCUGAUCGUUCCUUCGUACAGUUCUUUGGCAAGUUCGAGCACAUCGCUGAUCGAUCGUUUCGUGAAUCCUCCGGUCGAAGUGAACAGGUCGGAAGAAACGCGAGUCUUUUUCUAAGGGGGACGUUAGAAGGAGACGAAGAGUUUGCUUGAGCGAAGGUGACAAUUCCGGAUAACGAAAGAGGAUAAAGCAGAGAUUCGCACACGCUAUUUACGGGACAUAUUAUACAUAUAUAGAAUAUUUUCGUUUAGUUCGUUUCGUUUGCCUUUAAACGUCACAAUGGACUGCGAGAUACCUCGCGACUUGCAGAUGUCUUAUCUGCAGGCGAUUCAAAAGAUACCGGGCGAUACCGCUGGUGAGAAGUGGCGUUGGAUCGGAAGAUUGAUUUUGCAUCAGAAUAGCAAGGAUCUUGAGCAAUUUCCGCCAGAAUUGCUGCUUAUACUGCACGUGGAAAUUGCCGUCAAGAAGAAGAAGCACGAGGAAAUAACGUUGGCGCUCAAGCACGAGAACUUGACGAUAAUAAACCGGGCUUUUAAGGCCUCCUGGUUUUUCGAUGGCAGCCACAAGGAGAUCAUCGACGUCGCGUACUUCUGUGAACGUCUCUUUCCUUACGUUUCCGUAAAUACGAGAAAGCGUAUCGUGAUUACACUCGCACAUCGAUUGUCCGGCAAGGAUCCGGUUUUCGCACAGCAAAUGUUCACGGCAGUGGCAUCUACUUAUGGCAUUCAAACCGCUUAUCCAUUGUUCAUGGCUUGCGAUAAUAAUUUUGUUUGUAAAAUGAUCGAGGAGAAAGGAUUCGUGCUGCCUGUAGAAUUUGUUAAAAAGAUCUUUUACAAAAAUCCGGAUUUGGUAGUGAGUUUUCUCAAAUUAUUGAAUCCCGGAAAAGGAAUUAUGACUAAGCGCACUCCCUUGGCGAUCGGCAUCAAUAAAUACAAGCGUUUCUUGCCCAAAUUAAUAAAGAGACGAAUAGAAGCUUUCGUGGAACUGUACGAGAUUUAUCGACCGAGUAUUGUUUUGAGCAACACGUGUGCCGAAAUAUUUCUGAAAAAAGCCAAGCAACACCUGAUAGAAAAGCCACUUAUAUACAUCCGCAUCUUACCACUCCGAAAAAUCAAUCAGUAUUUGAUGAAAAGCAUAUUUCCGAGUUUAUUGCCUAAUAACAUGUGUGACUUCUCGACAAAUACUAUGCUUGAUUACUUGAAAUAUUAUCCACAUGAUAAGAAAUACGAGCUGCUACGUACAUCGUAUGAGACUAAAUACAAUGCUAAUUUUCUCGAGGCGAAGAAUGUGACGCCAGAUUUAUUACGAUUCUUACCUGCCGAGGAACGGAUCAAACAAGCUAGAAUUAAAAUCGGGAAGAUGGUUUGUGCGAUUCCGGGGGAUUACGAGACAGCUUGGAUUUGUUAUUUACCUGCUAACGAAGCGAUACCAGUUAUCAAGGAAACAAUAAAUAAAACUGCAGAUGAAAACCAUAGGCUUGAUUUAAUUAUGCAAAUGAUGUACGCUUGUAAGAUUAAUGAGGAUGACGAUGCGUUGUCCGAUACCUUAACAUACGUCUUAAAUAGACAUAAAAAUGAAAGCUGUCAUGUACUUGAAAUAAUUUUAUGUCAUCUUUUUUUAAAAUAUGAUAUACCUCAUUUAAACAGAAAGCAGGGCUCUCUUGUAGAGGAAAUUGCUAAAUUGUUUCAUAUAAAACAUAAUUCCAUACCGACAGAGAUACUCGAGGCUCUAGUACUUUUCAAAUGUAUACAUAAUAUGCCAAUUGAGGAUCUGCUCGAUAUAAUGCUAGAACGUAAUACAAAGUUCAACAUGCUCACAGAAUAUCCACAAUAUGAGAAACAAUGCCUUAUAACUUUCGCAAAUCUCAUUCAAAAAAAGUAUUUGGAAGAUUCCCUACUAAAACAAGGGAUGUUUUGCCGAUUUGUCGUAGCAAUGUACAAUUUCAACGAUAGAUGUAAACGUUCGCGCAUCGAGAUAGAAAAAAUGACAAUUAGAGAUUAUCCUUGGCUAAUAGACGUAAUAGACCGUAUAUCGCGCGAUUCCCUGUUAUAUCGCGAUGGUUCCUUUUGGAAUGCGAUACGCGUAUUAAAGUUGAAUGAACCAGAACUAUUUCCCGAUAUUCGUGAGCCAUAUUCAUUAGCGAACGUAAGAUCAGGCGCGGCGCUUGCUCUAUUAAAACGAGACUUACAAAAGAUAGAGUAUGAUUGGUUCAAGUACUUAUCAACCUGCAAGGAGAACUGUUAUCACAAACAGGUGCAACGCUUCAUCAGGGCCAUACGUUGGUAUAAAGACCUACCUAUUAAAUUUGCUAAAUGUUGCAUGGAUGAACAUGAUGUACACGAAAUAUCGUCUAGCAUGGCUAUUCUGGCCAUUCUACUUCACGGUGACGUAGUGACAAAACUAAUCGACCCUCUCAUACCUACAAAAGAUAUUAGUCAUCUGGAUGACAGGGAUAGCUACAAACUCGUGCGAGGUUUAUCGUUGAGCAUGAGACUUUCUAAUCCGCCAGUGCCUCUCGAUCUUGUCGUUAGAUUACUUGUCAAUAGCAUAGGAGGAGUUAGAUACUUGUCAAUACCUUUGAUGACACUAACGAAUGUAAGUAGGCGGACUUAUUUGCCCAAAGUGAUAUCAAUCGCGCAAAAGUUGACAAGUAUGAGCGUAAGUGUGCGAAAGCAUGGGAUUAGGCUAAUGUACUUGAUAGCUUCCAUACGCGAGCUUAUGGAUUUCUACCAGAAAACGUGGACGACCGAGAACCAUUAUUCAAUACGACAAGUUUUAUUCAAAGCGGUCCAGAAAUUGUUCCUUACAGAGCCAAAACCCGAAACUUGGUCCCUAUAUUGUCAAACCAUGUCGACGUUGAAUCUCAAAGAUGAAAGGUUCUUUUCGGAAAUGAAGCUGUUUCGUGACAUCCCCGACGAAUAUGUCAUGAAAUAUCUUGAUUUAUGGCUCAAAACAAUAGAUAAUUUUCAAGAAAUGGGAUUAGAUGUCGAGAAGAUAAACAAAUAUACUGUUGAAUAUUUGGCAAUGUUUAACUCAACCGUUUCCAACCUUCUGUCCGAAGAAUUCGUCGAGAAUAUACUUCAAAGAUAUUUAUUCCACGUCAAUACUUAUGUAUCUGAAAGAGCGAGACGUUUUCUGAUAUUGCACAUUUUCCCAAGGGAUAUGGACAAACACGCAGCGCGUUCUAAAAUAUUAAUCAAUGUCUUGUGCAAGAUAUCUUUCGUCAAUGAGGACGUGCCUCAAUCUCUUAAAAAUUCACACUUCUGUCUAACCAACAAAACUGUGCGUUUACUCAUAAAUGAUUUCGUCACUGCCUACGUUCGGACGUGCUUUGAUUGGGACACGUCUAUUAAUUCACAAGUCAUCGAUUGUAUGCUAAUGAGAUUUUCAUCUGACUUGUCACCUAUGCAGGAUGCGAGUUCUUAUUUGCGGUUAUUCUAUGCGAAAACGUUGCAAGAAUGUAUGGAAUCUUCAAGCAAGGAAUCCUUUGGUUUGAGAAUCGGUCAACAGUUGCCCGAAUUAAUCAAUAUCUUCUCGCCGGUAUUAAUCUCGAUCAUGACUGAGAUUCUCAAGAACUUGUUGUACCAUGUAAAUGACGAAGUCCCGUUUAGCAUCAUGGAAGGCCUCAUUGAGGCUGAUAAUAGGUAUUCUUGUAUUAUGGCUGCGAUGAUGUUACCGUCGUUCCGGAAGUUCCGACAAAUGGCAAAAUACGAUCAAUUGAUCGAAAAAUUCCGAAAAAUGCAAGACCCUACUAUUACGACUGUUUUAUACAAUCAUUUUUAUAAAUGUUAUUAUUGAACACAAAUCGACUUGAAAACUGUUAAUUAAACGAGUCGAAGAAACUAAAUACUACGGCGAGUGUAUUUUUGUACAAGUCAAACUACUAGUGCGCAAGUUUUUUUUUUUUUUAAUGAUAUAUACUCACACGCACACAUACAUUCUCAUUGAAAUAACGAUUUUCUAUUUUGGGAGAUACGUCAUGCCUAAAGUUUUUCUGUUUUUCAAACAUUUAAAAUGUUUCUCGUAGGAAUAAAUGCACAUAUUAUAAGAAUUGCUAGUUCGACUUAUAUAAGAUAAAUAAAAUAAAGAUACGCAUAUUUUUAGUCUCUUACAAAUGUUAUAGGAGUAAAUGCGCAAUGUGAGUUAUACAAUAAAAAUUUUUUCAAAGCAAUUUAAA